GGUCGACUGGAGUCGAUUGUUUCGGUCCCUACAAUGUCAAGGUGGGCCGGCGUACAGAAAAGCGGUGGGGUCUGAUUUUCAAGUGCAUGACGACGAGCUGUGUACAUCUUGACCUACUGGAGAGUAUAGACACUGAUGCUUUCCUGAUGUCCCUCCGCCGCUUCAUCGCCCGCCGCGGAAAGCCAUUUGAGAUCCUGGCUGACAGAGGAACCAACUUCCGAGGUGGAGCUGCAGAGCUGCAAGCCAGUUUUGCUGCUUUAGAAGUUCCUCUUCAAGAACAGCUGGCCAGACAGCAAAUCAAGUUCCGUUUCAACCCUCCUGGCUCUCCACACUUUGGGGGAACGUGGGAACGAGAGAUCAAGUCGAUUAAGUCAGCUCUCCAAGUCAUCCUUCAGGACCACACCGUCGCUGAACCUGUGCUGCAAACUGUGCUGAUUGAAGUGGAAGGAAUACUCAAUGCUAAACCGCUUGGGUACCUCUCCUCUGAUGCUGCGGAUCCGGAUCCCGUCACACCAAAUCUACUGUUGAUGGGACGCCGCGAUGCAUCACUCCCACAAGCUGUCUAUGCAUCUAGUGACCUUCUCAGCAGAAGAAGAUGGCGCCACAGCCAGAUCCUGGCGGACCAUUUCUGGUCCAACUUUAUCCGUCGCCAUCUCCCGGACCUACAGAAGCGGUCGAAGUGGCACAAGGACACUGACAAUCUGGUUGCUGGCCAGGUGGUGAUGGUGGUUGAUUCGCAGCUACCCAGAGCUCAGUGGCCCAUUGGGAGAGUGGUGAAGACCUGUUCCGGUUCGGAUGGACGAGUCAGGGCAGCUGAAGUUAAGAUCAAGGGACAGACCUACCUACGGCCAGUCGUGCGCCUUGUGCGGCUGUCAGCCUGGGAGGAUGAAGAUGACGCCAACUAAGUAGACUUUCUUUGGGAUUCAAAUUUAUUGCUAAAUUUGGGGGCGGCUAUGUCGGAAAGUCUUUUAUUUCCUGUCAUUUUAUUUUGAAACUAUAAUGAUGUCAUAUCCUUUCCGAGCGCAUCACAUCCUCAUUCCCGACUCCGCAUUCUGUGGGAUGGUGGCUCGCGUGUGCGUAACCUAAUCGAAAACCACACACACAGACACCCAUACAUAUACCUAUUUGUACACCAAUGAUUGUACCCAAACUACAAUAUUAAAGUUUGCUGGAACAAUUUCUCCGUGCCCUUCUCUCUGACCGGAGCCCUGUCAAAGGAAACUGCCAGACCAGUAUUAUCCCAUUCAGAGUGUCCCACUCUAUCACAAC